AUGGCCGCGCCGGUCGUCAUUGAACCCCGUAAGAACGUGCCGAUUUCGAGGUUCGAAAACAUUCAGCUAAAGAUCAUCAAAGACAAUACACAAGCUUCCGAUGCGCUUUCAAGACGAGACGGUACCACUGAGUUCGAUCCUGAUGCUGUCUAUAAGACCAGGAGAGAUGGUACGACCGAGUUUAAUCCUGAUGCUGUGUACAGGAGAGACGGGACUACCGAGUUUGAUCCCGAUGCGGUUUACAAGAGGGACAGCAGCCGUAUAGCCUUUGAGCAUGAUUCCAUCUUCGAGUAG